AAACCCACAACAGUAAAAUCAAUCUGUAUAUGCAGUAAAGCAUGCUUGUUAUACUCACUGUGGAAUAUAGGGGUUAAUCCUCUGCAUUGUGUAAAAACAUGGUUUGAUCCUGACUUCUCUGAUCCUCCCCUUCAUCCAGUGUCCCCCUCUUAUCUCCUGAUAAGACAUAUGUGUGGAGUCCCGCUGCACGUGCUCAGUUUGUGUGUAUUGCUAGAUUUUUUUUUUUCUUGGGAGAGUGCAUAUGAUCAGCACAGGGCCAAUCCGUACUGUACAGACAGAGGUCAGGGGUUCUGCAUUCUUCUAGAGCAAAAUGAAAACUCCUCCUACAAGCUUUAACCAGUGCUCUGAACACUGGUAUAAGUCACAACACUGCUAUUUAGCAGUUUAUAUUUACUAAAAUAAUUGCAUUUCUAUGCAGGGUCCGGGGAUACCAGAUAUAGUGAAU